GUAUUUUUUUAUUCAUGUAUAGUUUCACUGGUUGAAGAACAAGUUCGGCUUCACCAUGGAAUCGGAACCCAUGGAGAUAGAAAAUGAAAAUCCCAACGUAAAUAAAGGACUAAUCGUUCGUGUUUAUAUGGAAAACUUUGUCACUUACGACAAAGCAGUUUUCAUACCGGGGAGAAAUUUAAACUUAAUAAUCGGUCCCAAUGGCACUGGAAAAUCGACAAUUGUUUGUGCGAUAGUUUUGGGUUUAGCCGGAAAACCAAAAGUAAUCGGUCGAGCUGAAAAAGUUGCAGAUUAUGUGAAGGCAGGUUGCCAGGAGGCAAAACUCGAAAUCGAGUUGUAUGAAUCCGAGGACAAGACGACUUUAAUAACUCGAAAAUUUACUUCGCACAACACGACUACUUGGUACAUUAACAAAAAACAAGUGUUGAUAAAAGAUGUCAUAGCUCUCACGAAGGAACUGAACAUCCAGGUUGACAAUCUCUGUCAAUUCCUUCCACAGGAUAAGGUUCAAAGUUUUUCAGAGAUGGAUUCAAAAACAUUAUUACUGGAGACUGAACGUUCUGUUGGAGAUCCACUAUUGUUGGAACGUCACGAACAAUUGAUAGAGAAUCGAAAAAUACACAAGGAACUAGAGGCUGAAGUUGCCAAUAAAAAUCGUUCAUUAACAAAUAAAAUACAAAGAUAUGACGGCCUUAAGGAUAUCGUCGGUAGUAUUAAAGAGAAAAAGACUAUUAAGAAUAAAAUCGUUAGUCUAAAGCAAAAGAAAAAGUGGAUGUUGUACGAUCAAUUGAGACAACAAUUCAAAGACUCGAAGAAACAAAGAGACGAUGCAGCGGCGGAAAUGAAAGUGCUAGACGAACAAUUAAAACCGAUGAAUGCAAAAAUAGAGCAAUUCAAAAAGCGCAUUAAUCUGAUACAAAAUUCGGUUAGAGAAAAGACUAGCCAAUCUUCAGCAAGAAUUGGAAAAGUAAAUAGAGCCACGGAGGAAAUUCAAGGUUGUGAAGAUAGUAUAAAGGAAAUUGAAGCUACUCGAGAUCGUAAAAUCGAGCAAGAACAGGCUUGUGAUCAAACAAUUAAUAAUCUUCAGCAACAAAAGAGUAAACUCGACAAUGAUUUGCUUUCAAUACUUCAAGAAUUUGGUUCAGAGGAGGCUUUGGCGCAACAACAAACGAAUGCUUUGCAACAAGUCGAUAUGCAGAGAAGAAUUAUCGAUAAUUUGAACAAGAAUAUGACAAAUUUAAGAUACAAAGACGAUGUUUUCAGUCGUGACCUAAGAAACCUCGACAGAGAAUUACAAAUGGCACGAGCAGUCGAUGCUCAACGACUUGAAUUGCUUCGACAAAGAAAUCCAGAUGCCUAUAAAGGAGUUCUUUGGUUGAGAGAAAAUAGAAACAUGUUUUCUGCUCCUGUACAUGAGCCAAUGUUUCUCAAUAUCAACGUGAAGAACCCAAUGUAUUCGAAAUAUUUAGAAAGUACCAUAAACUACAAUGACAUGAUUGCUUUUGUUUGCGAAAAUGCCGAGGAUAUGAACUUACUAAUUAAUUGCUUGAGAAGUCAACAGAAGUUGGUUGUAAACGUUGUUCAUUCCGAUCCCAAUAGAAGAGUGCGAAUGCAGCCAAAUAUUCCCAUUGAAGAAAUUAACCAAUUUGGUUUUGAACAUUAUUUGAUUUCUCUCGUCGAAGCUCCGCAGACAAUUAUGAAAUAUAUCGUUCAAAACUUUCACCUCGCUAAUAUUCCCGUUGGAUCGGAUAUUGUCGAAGAUCACGUGGAUCGCAUUCCGGAUUCCUUAGGCUUCUUUUUCAGCAAAUCCAAUAAUUUUUCCGUAAGUAGAUCAAAGUAUUCUGGUGAAAAGUCUGUACGUCAAAAUACAGUGACGGGUAAUGGAAUGCUUUCAAUUACCAUAGACACUGCGAAACUUAAUGGGAUUCACGACAGAAUAAAUCAACUGAAAUCACAAAGAGAAGAAGUCGGGCAAGAAAUUCGUGAAUUUGAAACUCAAAUUAAUCAGGCGAAUGUAGAAUUGACUGAGUUUCGAAAUAGCAGAACGAAUUAUCAGCAGAAAAUUGCUCAAAUCGAAACAUUACGAUCGAAAAUUCGACUUGCUGGUGAAAAUAUAAGAAAAUUACAGGAAGAAAGAAUAAGUAUUGAGGAAAUUGAAGCAAUGUACAAAUCGGAAAUUCAAGAUGUGAUCAAAAAUCAAAUAGUUCUUUAUGGAAAAUUGAAUACAGUUCUUGAAGAUUGUUUUGUUUUUGAAAAAGUAAGCGGACAAGGUAAACUUGAAUUGAAAGUAGAGCAGCAAAAAUUGAGGCAGUGCAAAAAUGAUUCUCAAGAAUUGCGCGAUAAAUGUGAUAGUGCGGAGAGAAUAUUUAAGCAUCUUGAAGAUGAAUUGAGACCUCUGAAAAAUGAAGUUGAAAAUCUUUACAAAGAAGCCUUGGAAAGUACAAAUAAUAUUAGCCCACAAGAUAAGCGUUUUAAAACAUUUAACACUGCUUUUGAAAAACUUCCAAAUUCAAUUGAUGAAAUUGAAGAAGAAUUGAGAACUGCAAAUGCGAAAGUUUUUUGUAUGGGAAAAAACGAUGACAGUGAUAACAUUCUGAAAGAGUUUGAGAGAAUUACCAAAGAAGUGGAGGAGUUGAAAAAGUACUUGGAACAGAAAACGCAAGAAUUGCAAACAAUAACAAGAGAAACGGAAGAACUUCGAAAUCAAUGGCUUCCAGUUUUGGAGCGACUUAUUGAUAGGAUAAAUAAUAACUUCAGUCGUUAUUUCUCUGAGAUGAAGUGUGCCGGGGAAAUUUCUCUCACUCACGAUGAGAAUAUUAUGGAUUACGAUAAAUAUGGAUUAAAAAUCAGAGUUAAAUUUCGAGAUGUGGAUAAAUUGCAGGAACUUACAAGAACUCAUCAGAGUGGUGGUGAAAGAGCCGUAACUACAGCAGUUUACAUGAUUUCACUGCAAGAGUUAUCAACAGUGCCUUUUCGUUGCGUUGAUGAAAUAAAUCAGGGUAUGGAUGCUAUCAACGAAAGACGAAUUUUCGAGCUGAUUGUCAAUAUUACUGGAAGAAGUAAUAGCUCUCAGUACUUUUUACUCACACCAAAGCUACUACCAAAUCUCAAGUAUACGGAUACAGUGACCGUUCAUUGUGUUUAUAAUGGACAAUUUAUGAUUCCUCACGAAGAAUUCAGUGUGGCUGAAUUUUGCAAUUCACAUAUCAGAAAUUAAGAGAAUAUAAAGACUAUUAAUAGCAUUGAUAAAUAUUGAAGAGAUGGAGAUAACAAAGAAGUUAGAAUGCAUUCUGUUUUAAUAUUCUAACAAAUUUAUUUCGAAGGUAUGUGAUAAUAACUUGAGAUUUAACUUAAAACUUAAACAGUAUUUUAAAGCAAACAUUAGCUAUGAGAGCUAAUUCAAAUAUUAUGUAUUAAGAAUACUUUAAAAACUAAGAAGAC